CCUAGUGGACUUCCCUUUUGUCCAUUUUGCUCCACAAGAUUCUACUUGAGUUGUAACGGCUCUCAAAACCAGUAAAUAUAGCCGUUAAGCCUCUGCCUUUUUCUCUCCUUAAAAUGUGGUACCUUUUCCUCACUGAAAACCCCAACAAUCACUUUAAACAUCAGUUUCUCUGCAAAUUUGAAGCAAUCCCAGUCUGUUUUUCUUUCCUUUUCAAUAAGUACAACACUCAUUAUUACCUAUGGAUAAAGAAACUCUCAUCAUUUUCCUACUUUUGUCCCACAUUUCAGUGGCAAUAUUGGUGUUAGCAAAUGAACAGAAAACUUGGUGUGUGGCUAAACCUUCAUCAAAUGAGAAAACACUACAAGAAAACAUAAAUUAUGCAUGUUCUCAAGUGGAUUGUAGGAUCUUGCAAAAGGGGUGCACUUGUUCUUCACCAGAUAAUCUCAUGAACCAUGCUUCUAUUGCCAUGAAUCUUUAUUAUCAAGCUAAGGGAAGGAACCACUGGAAUUGCCACUUUGGUAAUUCUGCCUUAGUGGUCUUGACUGAUCCAAGUUAUGGCAGCUGUAUCUAUGAAUGAAGCCCUGAUUUGGAUAAGCAGCUAAAUAAGGAGGCCAUUCUUUUGAUCUUUUUUUUUUUAAAAAUUUUGUGACCACUUGUAAUUUAAGAAUAUUAACACGCAAGAUGUUACUCUAGGGAGAGAGAGAGAGAGAGAGAGAGAUCUAGAGAAGCUCAUUUGGCAAUUAGUUGUCAAAAUAUAGUCCUGUACAAUCUCUUUUAAAGAAGCGUUAAUAUAUGUGGUGGUGCCAAA